GAAACAGGUAAAAUAUAAAUUUUGAUAUUCAUCAUGAUAUUACAUCACAAUGCCAAUCUGUGACGUUGUUAAACUUGAUUAUUAUGAGAAGAAAUUCAUUGAGUCUACCAAAUCAGGGGAAAACAAAGAGUUCUUAAAUAUGCCAAUCAUACCGGAUGCAAAAAUAAAUCAUCUUUCUGACAAAGUUCAGGAUUUACAGUUUACAGAAAUGAAAAAUCCAAGGCAAAUCACAAGUGACGGUACAACUCCUUUGAACGGUGCAUCUGGGGAUGGUAAAAGCAGUGAAGAGCCACCUAAUGAAAAUUUACCCAAGAAAAACUGGAGUGAAGAAUUAAAAGAAGGAAUAAAACCGGACGCCUCUGAACAUCAAGAUGAAGAUGGUGGUUCUUCAGAUGAGGAGAGUGAUGAUGAUUCUUCAGAUGAGGAAGAAAUUAAAGCUCCUAUUGAGCUUAUGGGAGAAUUUCUUCAAUACGUAAGAACAUCAGACUGGGAAAAUGCAUCAAAAUUAUGUAAAAUGAUUUUAAUUUAUGAACCUGAAAAUCCAGAAGCUCUUCAAUUUCAAUCUGUGAUUGCUGAAAAGGCUCAGAUUGAAAAAGAACUUGCUGAAAUGAGUUCAUCAUCAGAUGAGGAAGAAGAAUCAUCAUCAGAAGAGGAGGAAACUGAAGAUGAAGAGCAAGAGGAAGCUGUUGAUAGUGACUCUAAAAAUCAUGAUUAAUGAUCAAGAUGAUCCUGAUGAAUUUGAACCUAGACCAGGAUCUAAAAUGAAUAAUAAACUAAUAUUUCCUCAUUUAGAUCCGGUGUGGAAACCAUAGUAUUUACCUGUAUGUGGAUAGGUAAUGCUCAGCUCAAUGAAAUCAUAGUAAAGACAUUUUGGUGCACACUAAUGGUAAUGCUACUUCAACGAUCCGAAUAUUAGUACCCCAACCAAGAUUCAUACCAAUCUUGUUGACUAGUAGACAAAUGAGUUCCUGCUAUAUCAUUCUCUAUAUUUAACGAUAAUAUUCUUUAUAAGGAUGUUUAAAGAAUCCUUGAAAUUACUGUUACUUUCACUGUGAAUUUUGCAAUUGAAAACACUUCAGAUUUCUAGUAUAUAAAAGUACUCAGAUCAGUCAUAUCCAAUGGUGGAAUUGUGAAAAUGCCCUUAUUGAAUAUAUGGUCAGCUUCCAAUG